AGCGCACAGAGGGGCCGUGAUGCUGCGCUGUUGGCGGAUAAAUGACUUCACUGUGCAGCGGGGCUUCACAGCAUGGGCAGGCUGCAGACAAACACACUCUCACACACUGUAGAUGUGCUGCACACUAACAGGCUGUGUUUUGGAUUUGUUUCAGUAUAAGAAGAAAAAUAUUCUAAAGUUGAAAAAGUAGUUUCCCCAUUCAGUGAAAGACAUUUAAUAUUCUGGAAACAUCUGAUGUUUUUCGAUGAACUAAGGAUCUACGCAGGAUCCCAAAAAUGGAUUUUACUUUUGAGGGGAUUAACCCGGCAAAUGUACGCGCUUUGCUGCUGGGGUGUGUGACCCUGCUGUUCUCCCUUCACCUGUGGCGCUGGAUCCGACAGCUCUCUGUACCCGGCCCCCCCGGUCCUUUCGCCUGGCCGAUCAUUGGGAACGCUCUGCAGCUCGGCAAAGCCCCGCACCUGUUCUUUGCGCGCAUGGCGGAGAAAUACGGUAACGUGUUCCAGAUCAAACUGGGCUCUCGCACCGUGGUGGUGCUGAACGGGGACUCCAUCAGGCAGGCGCUGGUGAAGCAGGGACCCGACUUUGCUGGACGACCGAACUUCACCUCCUUCCAAUACAUCUCCAACGGGGACAGCCUCGCGUUCGGCACCAUCACAGACUGGUGGAAGGUGCAUCGCAGGGUGGCUCAGUCCACCGUGCGCAUGUUCUCCACGGGGAAUCCGGACACUAAAAGGACUUUUGAGCACCACGUCCUGUGCGAGGUCAAAGUGCUGCUGCAGCUGUUUGUGAGGAAGACACAGGACCUGCAGUAUUUCCAGCCCUUGAACUACCUGCUGGUGUCCACAGCUAACAUCAUGAGCGCAGUGUGCUUUGGGAAGAGGUACUCUCACGAUGACGAGGAGUUCCAGCAGGUGGUGGGAAGGAACGACCAGUUCACCCAGACAGUGGGAGCCGGCAGCAUAGUGGACGUGAUGCCCUGGCUGCAGUACUUCCCAAACCCUAUCAAAACCAUAUUUGACAACUUCAAGGACCUCAACCUGGAGUUUAAUAUGUUCAUCGGAGACAAAGUUAUCGAACACCGGAAAACCAUCCUGUCGAGCACCAUCAGGGACAUGACGGAUGCUUUUAUUGUGGCCAUGGACCAAUUAAGAGACAAAUCAGGGGUCUCAUCCGGCGGGAAGGACUACGUGCCCUCCACUCUGGCAGAUAUUUUUGGAGCGAGUCAAGACACACUGUCAACUGCACUGCAGUGGAUCAUCCUUAUCCUGGCCAAGUACCCUGAGAUGCAGGUGCGUCUCCGGCAUGAAGUGGACAAGGUGGUGGACCGCAGCCGGCUGCCCACCAUCGAGGACCAGCCGCAGCUCCCGUACGUCAUGGCCUUCAUCUACGAGGUGAUGCGCUUCACCAGCUUCGUGCCGCUCACCAUCCCCCACUCGACCACCACCGACACCUCCAUCAUGGGCUACACCAUACCAAAGAACACAGUGGUCUUCAUCAACCAGUGGUCCAUCAACCACGACCCGGCACUGUGGUCCCAACCGGAGACCUUUGACCCCCAGCGCUUCCUGAAUGAUGGAGUCCUGGAUAAGGACCUAACCAGCAGCGUGCUCAUCUUCUCUCUGGGGAAGAGGCGGUGCAUCGGCGAGGAGCUGUCCAAGCUGCAGCUCUUCCUCUUCACAGCGCUGAUCGCCCACCAGUGCCACAUCACUGUGGACCCGGCCCAGCCCGUCAAACUGGACUACAAUUACGGGCUGACUCUGAAGCCUCAUGCCUUCUUCAUUGCUGUGACUCUGCGCGAAGAUAUGAGGCUGCUGGAGGCCGCCACCAGGCAGGAACCCACGGGGGGGGCCUCUUCAGACUCAGAGAAAAAAAAUAUAUAAGUUGGUAACACUAUGACACAUGUUUAUAAGGCACCUUAAACAGAACAGAAUGUGAUCAGUUUACAGCAUCAGAAUACUUUAUGUAUCUGGGGGCAAACUGGGAUUUGUAACAGUUGCCUCCAUUUGAGAAUUAAAUUAAAUUAAAAAAUUCAUACAAACAAGAGACACUAAAGUAAAAACUUGCAAUAAAAGAAACAUUACAAUUAUUAAAUCAAAAUAUUUAUAAAAACCUAAUAAGUUAAAGUCAAAAUGUGCGACAAACAGAUAGGAUACAUUUUUUUACAAAUAAAUAUAUAACAUUUAAGAUUAUAACAUUAUAAAGCAUUUAAUAACAAAUAAGGGAGGACUACGAUUACUCAUUGCUAUAAGCAGACCAUAACGCAUAAUGGAUAUGUUUCCAAUGCCUUAUAGACAUGGGUGUCAUAGAAAGUGUUACCAAAUAAAUCAAAAUGUAAAACAAAUGAAGGCUGAAACACAAAAGACUAAUGAACUAUAGCUCAUGUUUCUGGGCUGAAACCAUAUUUAUAAGCUGAAAUCUCAGGCUAUAUUCUGAUCAUGUUUAAGUAUUAUUAUGCCAGGAGGGGGGGGCGGAGGGGGGGUUCUGAUGUGGCAGAGGUGUGGAAGGACACAAGGACAGAAGUGUGUACAUGCCACAAGCAGCCAUUUACAAUCUGAGUUAGCACUUAGCAGUUAGCAUCUCUGUUUGAGUCACAGAGGCAGAUGACUGCAGUCAUCUGGAGUUCAGCCUUAAAGACCUCAGAACUGUCAGCACCGUGGUUACAGGAGACAUCAGCUGCUCCGACACACCCUGUGUGAUUUGAGUGUGAAAGGAUUGAAAGGUAGAACCCAUCAUGGUGUUGUCAUGACUAUGUUUCUGCUGUCGUAUUAUUAUUAUUUCUAAAGAUUUGGCCACAACUUUUUUCCUCUUUCAAACUCUAUCUAAUUCGAAUGUAAACCAUGAACACUGGAGAUUUUUAACUGACACGUUAUGUGCUACCUAAGACUUGUGAAUGAGCCCUUUAAACUAAAACAAAGUGCAGUACUAACAUAGUUUUUCACAUGCAGUUGUAAAGCUUAGUUACUCAGGAAUAACGCCUUUGAAAUGUCAAUACUAUUUUAAUUAUGAGAGUGAUCUGAUAUAUUCUGCUGUAGAUGCAAAGUAUAAAAAGAUUAAUAUUAGACCAGUGUUAUUUUGUCUUUGUGUUGGUCUAUUUUUGUUACUCAAAAAGGUUUUUGUUUCAGUUGUGUAGAGCGCUGCUGUAUGGAAAACCCCCGUCAUUUAUUCUCCAUGUAUAAGAUGCCAGUAACCUUUCUGUAUAUCAAUCCUCCUGCUGUUUAAAUUAAUGUUGGGGCUAAUUAUUGUAUUUGUGGUCGAAUUCUCCUCCUCAAUUUGCUGCUCAGCAUGAAAGACUAAUGCACUGACUGUAAAGGAUUGGAAACGAGCAUUUAAAAAAAAAAGCAAUGUAUUUAUUUUUGAAAUAGCAGAUGGAAUUAAAGUCCUGAUUUUUGUACGCCUAAAAAUAAUUAAAGUAUCAUUGAUUAUACACAACAAAUCUAUUGAUGGCAAUUUGACUUACAUUAUAUUUGUGAAAUGCACGCUGAUGGCAUAGUUAAGUUAGUAAAAAUAGUAAUUUCAUGUUCCCUUUUUCUCACAUGAUAAAUGUUAACUUCCACAUACCGGUUCUGUUGAAGUUUAGCAGGAACUAGCGUCGGUGUGGACUGUUGAAAUGACAUUUUGCGAAAGGUUGGCGUGGACACUGUCAUGCCAUAAAAUAUCAUGUAUCAAAUUAAUGUACAAUUAAAUAACAACCUUUUUGAAAAUCAA